AUGAAUGAUCCUGCUUACAUAGAAAUCUUAAAUACUAAUAAAAAGUUACGCAAAGAAUUGAAAGAUGAAAUAACUGAAAGUAAACUUAAGAAUAAAAUGCUAAAAUUACUUUCUAGAGAGCUAGAAAACUGUUAUAAGAUAUUAUCUCACCAGGAUUCAAUAAUAUUAGCUCAUGAAGAUAAGAUAGCAUCUCUUAAGUCUGAAAUAAAAUCUCUUAAACAGCAUUUUCAUAAAGUAUUACAGGAUUUAAGGCAUAAAGCGAAUUAG